AUGGCAGCGAGCCUGGAGAGUAAGGCUAAAGCCCAGGGCCUAGGGGUCUUCACCCUGAAUCCGGAGAACACGGCCAACACCCAGAGUCUUGGGAGCAAGAGAACCCUUGCCCAGAUGGACAAGAAAUGGGCCCCCAAGGGUGUCCCAGUUAACCCCAACCCCUGCCAGCCGGGCACAGGCUCCCAGACCCGACGGAUGGCGGAGGUGCCGGAGGAACACGCGCUGGACUGCGAGAUGGAGGCCUACGGGAGCCCACUGGAGCCGCCGCCGUCGCCUCCAUCGCCGCCCUCGCCGCCGUCGCCCGCGACCCCGGAGCUGCCCGAGCUGCCCCAGCCCCAGCAGCCGUCCGAGACGUACGCGCGACAGCUGGUGCUGGAGGAGUGGGGACCGCCAGGCGGGAGCCUGCAGCUGCCCGCGCGCCUCAGCUGGAGGCUGAUCUUCGUGCGCCGGCCGCUCUACCGCAACCUGCUGCGCUCGCCCAACCCCGAAGGCAUCAAUAUUUAUGAGCCAGCACCCCCUACUGGUCCCACCAGGCAGCCCUUAGAAACUCUCGGCAAUUUCAGAGGAUGGUUCAUUAAAACAGAAAAGCUCCAGGCGGACCGCAGCUGGACCGUGAAGCAACAGUGUGUGGACCUCCUGGCUGAGGGCUUGUGGGAGGAACUGAUGGAUGACGAGCAGCCAGACAUCACCGUCAUGGACUGGUAUGAGGACAGUCGCCUAGACACCUGUGUGUAUGAGCUGCACGUCUGGCUGCUGGCUGCUGACCGCCGCACUGUGAUUGCACAGCAUCAUGUUGCUCCCCGGGCUUCUGGGAAAGGCUCCCCUGGCCGCUGGGUCCAGGUAUCCCACGUAUUUCGUCAGUACGGCUCCGGUGUGCGCUUCAUCCAUUUCAUGCACAAGACCAAGAACCUCAUGGAGGCUGGUGGACUGCGGAGGACAAGAGUGACAGACUCCUCCGUGUCUGUGCAGCUGAGGGAGUGA